GGUCGCGUACGCACAAAGACGGUAAAGAAGGCCUCUCGCUUGAUUAUUGAGCGUUUCUAUGGCAAGCUUACCCGCGAUUUCCACACCAAUAAGCGUGUGACACAGGACAUCGCAAUCAUCGGGUCCAAGCGGCUCCGAAACCGCAUUGCUGGAUUCGUCACUCAUCUAAUGAAACGGAUUCAGCAGGGCCCUAUCCGCGGUAUCAGCAUCAAACUCCAAGAAGAAGAACGCGAACGUCGCGACAACUUCCAACCCGAAGUAUCCGUUCUCGAGAGCAUGGUCUACGAGCCAGAUCCAGUUUCCGCUGCCAUGAUCAACAGCUUGACGGAUAAGAAACGAGCGACGCAAUCAAAGAAGCACUGA